GUGAUCCGCGGUGCCGCGGUUAUCAUGUCAAACUCUUCGCAGGGUGCUGAGGGGGCCGUUUUUCCUACUACAGGAUGGGAGAACAACAUUACCGUCAUUCCGCGCGUGAGCGAAGAGAGUAUGUUGAGAUAUUACACAAGUAGGCCGGGCACUGAGCACAACUGCGACGUUGAUCCCUUUGUGAUAGCGUCUUCAAUCCGGAGCAACAUCUGCAAAAUCAGUGACGGGCUUGUCUUCAUCAAGGCAAGUUGUUAUCAAAGCGGGGAAGGAGACUCAACCUAUUCUACCGUCGCUGCUGUCACCUUGGAAGGAGAAAUCGCCAGUGGCAGCUGUGAAUGUGUGAAUGGAGAGAGUGCCUGCAAUCACCUGAUGGGAACACUCAAAACCAUUUCACUACUGCAGUCAAAGGGCUUUGCGAAAGUAGGGCAGCACCUCCGGUGCACCAACCUCAGAGAAGAAGAACUGGUGGAUGAUCUCCUGCAUCAACUGUCGAAACUAAACCGUUACCAUUUCAGGACGUGCCGCAGUAGCAUACAGCAGCAAGACGAAGCAAGGGAACGUUUCAGCAGAGCUCUGCUUGAAUCAGCCCCUGAUUCUCUAUUUGCCCGAUAUUUGCCCAAACCACCAGUCUCGUACGUGAUGACAAAAUGCGGUCCCGCCCCGGUAGGGUCACCUAUGUCAUACCAGCAACCUCUUCUGUGUUAUAAAUUCACCCAAGCCUUGUGCGAUCUCUGAGCGUUGUAGCGAACACCUUUUGCUCUGUUUUGUCUGUAUGUUCAUAUUACUUUAAUAGAUGAAGCUGAAUCCAGUGCUUGCAUCCUGAGUGGAUCUCAAUGAAGAAUAGUCGGAGCCAUUCGUCUCUGUGAAGGUGGAUGAUCGGUGGGAUUGGCAUUAUUCAUAAGCGCGCUGCUUUCCGGGCAUUCUCGCAAUGCGUGAUCGACUCAUUCUUGCCACGCACAACCGUGGUAGCGCAGCGCCUAGACGCGACUGACCUUGCACUAUAUCCAUGAUUGCUCUCUCGUGUAUCAGUAAUGUUGAUAACCUGAGAUACAGCGACUGCAUUGAAACAACGACAGUCGUGCACUAUGCUGCCUCAAAGCCCAGUUUUUUUGUUUACAUUAUAAUGGUAGGUGCAACUCGAGAACACCUUUGCAUUUUUACGUUGACCACAUCAGGUAGAAGUGCACCUCUGCUUCUCAAAAUUAAGGGAAGAAGCUGCUGUUUGGGACCAAGAAUUGCCGAAAAUUUUGACUUUUUGCUUUUCAAGAUUUAAUAAUGAAGAUCAUGUGAUAUCUUGCAUAUAAAAUAUACAGAUAUGGGACGUCUCAAACGUCGCAGAACUGUGAGUGAGACCUCCUAUAAAAUCAUACAUCAGGAAACAACGCUUUGAUAAACAGUGGUAAACAUAGAAAAAUAAGUUAUGCAGAAUGUUCAGGUAAGCAAGAAAAAAAAACAUAUAUAGUUAAAAUGGUGAGUUGGGCUUGUUGGUACAUAAUUCUGGCAAACUGCAGUGCAAAAAUAUAACACACAACGGACGGAACACAAACGACGACGCCAGCGCUCGUCAUCACUUGUGUUCUGUCCGUUGUGUGUUUUUUUACACUUCAGUGUGCCGGAAUACAGUUAAAACUCGAUCUAACAAAGCCCAAUUUUACGAAUUUCCCGAUCUAAUGAAGAAAUUUUCAUUCCUGGGCAGGUACCCAUAAGGUUCAAUGUCAUCAACUCAUAUGAACAAAGCCUUCAUGGCACUAAACUCAAUUUAACAAAGCUUUUCCGGAAAUAAAUUUCUUUCCAAGUUUUACAGAUGGCUUUUCUUCGGACGUAUGCUGUAACACUAAAACAUCUAUCUGCCCUAGUCGCGCCACUAUUACUUUGAUGAGGCUGCACGCCACAGUCUGUAUUGCUUUUACAU